CAUCUUUCAGGAGCUUCAAAUUGAUUUUUCUAAGUAUGAACAUCCUGUUGUUAUGACAGUCGAAGAGCAGGCAAACUAUGUUGGGAAUGUAGGAUUGAGUAAAAAUCUGUUCUUGAAGGAUAAGAAACAUAGGUAUUAUAUUGUUUCUGCUCUUGCACAUACAAAUGUAGAUCUUAAAGUUUUAUCUCAGAGGCUUGGUUUGGGAAAAGGAGGGUUAAGAAUGGCCCCGGAAGAAGCAUUAGGUGAGAUACUUCAGGUGCCAUUGGGAUCUGUUACUCCUUUUGCUCUAGUAAAUGAAACCGCACGAAAUGUCUCACUAUUGUUGGAUCAAGGAUUCAGAACUCAGGAGCAUUGUUUUUUCCAUCCUCUCUCCAAUGACAUUUCAAUCUCUCUUAACACUAAUGGUCUUGACAAGCUCCUUAAAUCAAUUGAGAAAGAACCCACAUAUGUUGACCUGGAGGCUAGCCCAUUAGUUGGGAAGGAUCAACCACCUGAUUUAGCUGCUUUUGUACCAUCAACUUCCAUGGUCCUGCCAGAUACUCAAGCAGAGGUAUCUUCUUCAAAAACUUCUGCUGGAAAUCAAAUUAGUCCAGUAUCCACAGAUAGCAAGUCCAUCACAGUCACAGCAAAAGCCAAUAAGCCAUCCAGUAACAAUAAAAGUGUAAAGGUCCAGCCAGCAAAUGGUGAAAAAUCAUUGAUUUGUUCUGCAGAUGUUGGAAACUUUGUGGAUGAGAUUCUGGAGAAAACAUCUACUUUGUGCCUUUCAGAGAUCACUGAGGACUCCAUCAAGCAACAUGGGGGAAAACUCGGAGAUGUUAUAGCAAACAGUAUCAGAAAACAUCUUACCUCAGAUUUAAAGAACUUAGCUACAAUUUUCAAGAACACGGCAUAUACAGAGGGGUUUAAUGCUGGUACUAAGUAUCAACCCAAACGCCUUUGAACUUGUUUCUCUGUGACCCAGAUUUUAUUUAUCAACAACAAAUCCCAACUUUGAAAAAGAUGGGAAAAUGCAAAUUAUCAUCUUUCAUGAAAUAUUGAGUUCUUAUACCUAUUCAUCCAUGCAUCAAAAGAUUUGGAGUGCAUGUAAUGUUCCCGAUCAUUUGAAUCAUAUAGCAUUCUUUACUUUUACAGAAUCCUGCUUAUAAAGUACUCAUUUUUUUCCUAUACUGAUGGGGUUUUUAACAUUAGGUUCCCCCUUCAUAUUGCAUCUGAGGAAUGAGGAUGCCUCUACAAUAGCUGAUACAUGAUGUAGGAUGAGUUUGAUUGUUUGAUCCCCUAAGUAAUAGCAGUAUCUUUUUCUCAACUGGCUGAAUAUAAUCAAGACAGGAAAUUAUUCGCUUUAUCCUAAUUUUUAUACGUGCUUUUCUUGUUCUCCAGUUUCCUUCCAUGGACAGUUGAUGCAGUUAUAUCCCUAAACAAACAUUUUGAACAAUAAAGUCCAUAUAUGAAUAGCUGGCUAAAGAAUACAGCAGUGAUGCCACCGUGAUUCAACUGUUCCAA